AUGAUGCUCUCGGCUGCCACAAAUUUGAUGUUUACAGACGGACACACAGUGUGCAAACGUGUACAUUUGCAAAGAGGUGUCAUAAGAACACUGAUAAGGGAGCAGUACAUUCAAUGUUUAUGGGAGGAAAGAAAGAAAGAAGGAUGGGGGCAGGGGAGCGCAUGUCAUUACAGACGAGGUCACAUCAGUGACCCUCACACUGUGAGCAAAUUAAAAUUGCCUGGAGACCUUGGUGAGACCUGGAAGCCUGGGCCCGUCUCCAAAGUUUCUGAGUCAGCAGGUCUGGGGUGGGGCCCGAGAAUCCACAUGUCUAACAGGUUACAGGUGAUGCUGACGAUGCUGGUCCGGGGACCACACUUUGAGAACCACAGAGUUUAUACCUCUCCACACCAGCCAACCCUCAACCCCCAAUGGAAAAGCCAAACUUGGGGGCUGAGAUUUCAGUGCAAGUUCAGACUCUUGCCCAAGAUAUCAAUUCUCAACCAGUUGACAGAUGUCUUGGCUGAACAAAAUCACAUGAUGAAGGAGAUCAAUGAAAAAUUUAAAUCAGCAGCCAGUUUUCAUUUCUGA